AAAACAAUUAAAAAGCCGAGAGCCUCUUAUCCCUCGCUGUCCCUCACUCACUCUCUCAUCACUCGCGGACGCCACUCAAGUUGCAGCAGCAGGAGACUCGAACUUGAGUUUAGCUGCGUCAGGAUUACAAACGGUCUAGCGACGGCGUAGUCUUUGGCAACCUGUUUAAGUGGAUGCUCAUCUCGGCGUCCCCUUCUUUUCACCAACUAUCUCUCACAGGAUCGUUUUCAUUCUAGGCGCGUACUUCCAUUGACAAACGGCUUCGGACAACCCAGACGCAGGGAAGAGAGCAGGACCUUUUCCCAAUCGUCUUUUUUCACAGGCUUAAGUGUAACAAUCUAUAUGUUUUAUUCGACAAUUCAGCGCAGAAUUGUAAGACGAGUUUUUUAUAUGACAAAAUUCUAAAAUUGCUUUAUGUGUCAGCUCCGGGUGGAUGGCAAAAUCCGCGCAUCUUUUCUCCUUGUCUGAUGUGGAAUUAAGGGGCGACUGGUAAAAAUUCGUCCGUAAGGCGCGGAGCCCCAAAAGUUGCCGCUGUGGAUGCAGUGGAAUUUUAUCGCUGGGCUGUUGAGACGACCGCAGCAGCAGAAAUUCUCAUCAAGAUCACGGGAGUAAGGAUAGGCUAUCUUAAGUUCACCCCCCCCCCCCCACACACACAUUUUGCCGAAAGGGGUUUUCGUGCAUCAGGGUGUGGACUGUGACUUUAGGGGUGUCCCACAGCGCUGCUUCAUAGAAAGGUAAUGACGGAUCGGAGCUGAAGAUGGAGCUUUUCUGGAUCCUGUUAUUUUCUGUCAUCCAUCGUUACGCACGAGGGCAAGGAGUAUAUGCCCCUGCCAAUGCUCAGAUAGUGCACUCAGGGCAGGCAUGUGUGGUGAAGGAGGACAACAUCAGUGAGAGGAUCUACACCAUCCGGGAGGGAGCCACUCUGGUGCUUCAGUGCUUGGUCAAAGGUCAUCCACGACCACAGGUGCGAUGGACCAAGACGGCUGGAAGUGCCUCGGACAAGUUCCAGGAGACGUCCAUCUUCAAUGAGACGCUACGUAUCGUAGGCAUCACGCGCGUCCAGGGCGGCCGCUACUACUGCAAGGCAGAGAAUGGCAUCGGGGUGGCUGCCAUCAAGUCCAUCCGUGUAGACGUGCAGUACUUGGAUAAGCCGUUGCUGACGGUGCAUCAGACCAUCAGUGACGUGCGGGGGAGCUACUACCAGGAGAAAACGGUGUUCCUGCGCUGCACGGUCAAUUCCAACCCACCAGCACGCUUCAUCUGGAAGAGAGGCAGCCGGCUCAUCGAGCAGAACAAAGACCAGGGGGUCGACAUCUAUGAGCCGCUGUACACACAGGGUGAGACCAAGGUGUUGAAGCUGAAGAACCUGAGACCGCAGGACUUUGCCAACUACACAUGCCAGGUGUCUGUGCGGAACGUGUGUGACAUCCCCGACACCUCCGUAACCUUCCGCCUCACUAACGCCACCUCUCCCCCGGCUCUGCGGCUAUCUGGGAACGAGACACUGGUGGUGGACCCGGGCAGAGACGUGACCAUGUCCUGCGAGGUGACAGCGGGGUUCCCCACUCCCGUGGUGACGUGGUCCAGGUACCCUGCGCCGCUGCCCAGGGGGGCGCAGGUCCGUGGUGGGUCCCUGACCCUCCGCUCCGUCAGGCCCUCUGACUCCGGCUUCUACAACUGCACCGCGGUCAACAAUGUGGGCAACCCGGCCAAGAAGAACGUCAACCUCGUCGUUAGAACGAUGAAGAACCUCACCUUCCAGAUCACACCGGACUCCAACAAGGACAGCGAGAGUAUCCAGAUGGGCCGGGACCUCAAGCUCUCCUGUCACGUGGACGCCCAGCCCCAGGACAAGGUCAACUACACGUGGUACAAGAACGCCAUGCCCGUCAACCCCACGGACAGCCUGAUCGUGCUGCGCAGUGACCCAGACAUGCCCCCGGGCACCAGCAGCCUGGAGAUCGUGGACAUGAAGUUCCGCGACCAGGCCACCUACAGCUGCGUGGCCGGCUUCCCCGGGAGCAGUGUGCAGGAGCUGCGCGUGGACAUCAACAUCACCCAGAGCAGCGUGACUCCCCCCAUUCUGACCGUGCCGCCCGGUGGCGUGACGGUCAGUGUGAAGGAGGGCGGCACAGCCGAGCUGGUCUGCCUGGUGGACGGCAAGCCGCGCCCUCCCGUCCUGUGGUCGCGCGGGAGCAAGGACCUGACCAUGCCCAACGGCGAAUGGGUGGUGGAGACGCGGGACGGCCGGCUGCGUCUCACCAACGUCUCCCGUGAUCUCAUGGGCCCAUAUCGCUGCCAGACGGCCCCCUACAACGGGCUCAACAUCAAACGGCGGGAGGCCCAGGUCCAGCUCAAUGUCCAGUUUUCCCCUAUCGUGGACCCAGUUUUCCAGGACGUGCGCUCGCCCAACUUCCAGACGGUGGUGCUUCGCUGCGUGGUGCUCAAGACCAACCCGGCGCGCAUCGCCAGUGUGCGCUGGUUCCAGAACGGGAAGCCCGUUGGACCGCCUCUGCUGGACAGCCAGGACACACCCGUCUACCGAUUCCGGCUGGAGCCCGACAAGAACGGCACGUACGAGUGCCGCGUCUCCAACAACGUGGGGACCUCCACCUGCACCUUCAACGUCUCUGCUCGCCCCUUCCCUGCGGAGUUCUACUAUGACACGCCCAACCCCAUCCGUGUCUUGAAGGGGGACAACUUCUCCUACAACCUGCAGUGGACCCAGAGAGAGCCGGCUGCUGUGGACCGCGUGAUUGGCUACUGGAUCAACGUCACACAGAAUGGCCAGCGUGUGUGGUCCAAGGUUUACACCCCUUCAUCUGAGCCGGUGAAAGGCGUGCUGAUGUCCGAGGUGAUCACUGACCUCCGCAUCGCCCUCACGUACGAGGUGGGCCUCACCCCCAUCAGCAACUUUGGCACAGGAGACCCCGUGGUGCGCACCAUCCAGUUCGCCGAGCCGUACACUUAUCUCCGUCCCUCAGAUUAUGUGUGUGGAUUCGAGGACAAGCAGAUCUGUGGCUUCUCCCAGGACAGAGGCGAUACGUUCGACUGGACUCGACAGAACCACCUGUCCCAGAAUCCCAAGCGCUCAGCCAACACGGGCCCUGACAUGGACCGCAGUGGGACUAAAGAAGGCUACUACAUGUACAUUGAGACAUCACGGCCACGGGUGAUGGGAGACAGUGCUCGGCUGGUCUCGCCGCUCUACAACGUGACCUUGACUCGCGGCCCCACAGGGACCAUGCGGACGCCCUACUGCAUCUCCUUCUACUACCACAUGAAGGGCAAACACAUCGGAACGCUAAACGUCCUACAGAGAGUGAAGAGCAUCGCCACUGUAGACACGCUGGUCUGGACCCUCUCCGGCAACCAGGGGUCCAACUGGACCAAGGCCAACUUUGUGGUCACCCCCAGCGGUCCCUUUCAGGUGGUGUUUGAGGGCAUAAGAGGAGAGGGCUACGAGGGGGACAUCGCCAUUGACGACGUGUCCGUCACCAAGGGGAAAUGCAAACAGGACAACUCUGGGUCCAACACAGCUGUUCUCUUGGGAAAUGCACCUGCCUGUCGCCCAGGCCCCUUGACGACAUGGGCGACCUUUGCUGUCUGGUCCUGCCUGCUAUCAUUCUCCAGAUGAUGAUGAUGAUGACGACGACGACGACAACGGUCAAGACGAAGACGAAGACAAUGACGACAUACAGUACAUCCACACAAGAGCCCUCAACCCUCCCACUCCCCUUUGGUGGAGACAGACACUGCCCCUAUGCUCUCCCUCUCCUCCUCCUCUUCCUCACUCUCCCUUACUUCCUGUUCCUCACACCUCACAUCUUCCUUUCCCAUCCAUGGUUGCACCCACAACCUUUUCCCAAACCACUCUUCCUUCCGUCCGCCAAUGUGUCUUUGAAUCACCUGCAUUCACACCCCAUCUCUCCUCUCCUCUCCUCUGUCACUAACACUAAGACCUCAUCAUUCGUGGAGUAAUAAGGGUGUCUGUCUAUUCAUUACAUCAUAUGUAGGACUGUGUGACUGUGAUCACAUAUUUUGGCUGCAUAGAUUCACCCUGCUUUGACCACCCCCUUUGUUCUUGUGUGUAACUGUCACGUAUCUUCACCUCGCAUAGCUUCACGUAUCGUUGUCAUGCAUCGCUUUCUGUUUACUAUCGUCUCAUAGACUUUAGCCCCCC